CACACGAAUACAAGCACGCGCGCACGAACACACACACGCACACGUUCGCACUGAAGGAGGUUCCCCGCGCGCUCAGCUCUCAGUUUCAUUGACUUCAUUUCAAACUCACAUGAACUUCAGUUUCAGCUCUCAUCCUCUCUUCAGUUCCUGUCACUUAGUUUUUGUUGGUCUCAGUUCACCUUCCUGUCUCAGGAACACGGACCCGCGUGCGCUGCCCGACGAACAGCCGGCUCACGCACGAGACGGUUAACGGGACCGAGGAGCAACAGGAGGUUGCACGAGCGAGUCACACCGAGAAGCAGACGCACACACCGGAGACCCCGGGAACACACCGCGGCUCUGAGAUCUUAUCUGCCCGGUGCUGAUUCAACAUCUACCCGGUUCCGACUGGACCCGCACUCUGACCCGGGAUAUCUGCUGUCUGAGCGUUUGGCCUCCAUCAUGUGUCCCCCGGCGGGUGGUGUGUGUGCACGCAGCACCCUGAUCUUGGUUCAGGUCCUGGUCCUGGUCUUGGUCCACUGCACAGCAGGAUACAAUCUGGAUCAGGACCACAGUAUGGAGUUCAGCGGCCCCUCCUCCUCCAUGUUUGGAUACUCAGUCCUGCUGCAUCGCCAUGGAUCUCACAACUGGUUGGUGGUUGGAGCUCCAGUAGCGAACUCAUCCUCCAUUCCGUCGGUUCGAUCUCCAGGAGCUGUCUUCCGCUGUGAGAUCACUGCUGAGAAUCGCCGCUGCCACCACAUGCAUUCAGAUGUGCUGAGCUGUGGGAAGACGUGUGAAGCAGACAGCAAUCACCAGUGGCUGGGAGUCAGUCUGUCCAGACAACCUGGAGACAAUGGAGGACACAUCCUGGCAUGUGCUCACCGCUGGAAGAAUGUCUUCUACUCUAAGAAAGACAGUCAGAAUCACAAGCUGCCGAACGGAGUCUGUUAUCGCUACGGCAAUGACCUAACACAUGCCCAACCCAUCAUCCCCUGCUAUAGAGACCACCAGAGGAAGUUUGGUGAGGAUUAUGGGUCCUGUCAGGCUGGUAUUUCCAACUUCCUGACAGAGGAUUUGAUCAUCAUGGGGGCUCCAGGGACAUCUUAUUGGACGGGUUCAGUUCUGGUGUUUAACACGUCCAGUGGAGGGAUGUCUGUGUACCUAGAUGAUGAAACUGGAGCUGUCAGCUUCGGAAGCUACCUCGGUUACUCUGUCGGAGCAGGUCACUUCCAGAGUCCUGCUUCUAUGGAGGUGGUGGGUGGAGCUCCGCAAUACAACCAGAAGGGCAAGGUCUUUAUCUUCACUGUAGACAAAAGCAUGCUGCGGGUUGUCUCCGAAGUAUCUGGAAAAGAGCUGGGAUCUUACUUCGGCUCGAGUGUGUGUGCGGUGGAUCUGAACGCUGAUGGUCUGUCAGAUCUGCUGGUCGGCGCUCCUAUGGCGACGGGCAUUGCUAGGGAGGAGGGAAGAGUCCAUGUGUACAUCAACCAGGGGCAGGCAAAUCUAUUGGAGGCAGAGUUUCAGCUGAGUGGCGGGGACGCCUACGCCGCCCGGUUUGGAGAGACCAUCGCUGACCUGGGAGACCUGGACGAUGACGGUUACCCUGAUGUGGCAGUUGGUGCCCCACAGGAAGAUGACCUUAAAGGAGCUGUUUACAUUUACAAUGGCAGGAGUGAUGGCAUCUCACCAACUCCAUCUCAGAGGAUAACUGGAUCCACGCUGGGUCGAAACCUCAGGAUGUUCGGCCAGUCGCUGAGCUCUGGCAUUGACAUAGAUCAUAACGGCUACAUGGAUGUGGCUGUUGGUGCGUUCCUCUCAGACUCGGCUGUUGUUCUCAGGACCCGACCAGUGAUUCAGGUGAAGGCGUCUCUGGCUCUGCCUGAGCAGAUUGACCCGCAGAUGGCGCUAUGUCGAGACCACAAAAAUCCUGCUGUCUGCUUCAAUGUCACUGUCUGCUUCAGUGUCAAGUCCAGGCAUUUCAAAGGAGUUAUAGAACUUCAAUAUAAUUUGACCGCUGACCUCCUCCACAAGCCAUCCUUCCCUCAUCGUUUCUAUUUCCAUGGUAAUGGGUCAUCCAAUAGCACAAGGGGGCGUGUGAGAACACGACACGGCCAGCUCGCUUGUACAACACAUGUGGCCUACCAAAGGAAAGAUGUGAGGGACAUUUUUACUCCGGUCAAGUUUGAGGUUUCCUAUAGUCACAGAGAAACACACACCCAAAGAGGCUCUUCCAAAAACUUCCCUCCAUUGAAACCCAUUCUGCAGCAGAGCGCAGGACACCAGAACACUAUCACCAACCAGACUUGGUUUGCUCGAUCCUGUUCUCUGGUGAACUGUUCGACCAACAUGCAGCUGUCGGCUGAACUAGUGCUACCACAUCAGCAGGAAUAUUUUGCUCUUGGCUCUGGACAGACCAUCACGUUGAAAACCUUGUUACUGAACUCGGGAGACGACGCCUUCUUGCCACGACUGACACUGCGUUUCCCCAGCAACAUCCAGUACAUUAAAGUACUGCAGAAUCAAGACAACGUGGUCAGUUGUGAUGUCACACAGGACGUCAAUAGUACAACUGUGGGAGUUGACUGCGGUGUCACCAGCCUCCUCCUCGCCGCCAACGCCCAGUUGAAUAUUAGCUUCCUCUUGGACGUGAGUCAGAACAGCACACCUGGUGACAUCAUCAUUCACGUCACUACCAGCAGUGAUAACUAUGAGAGGGAGGAGUAUCUCCAUGACAACUCCAUCAGCCUUCCUCUUCCUCUCAAGUAUGGAGUCAACGUCAAUGUCCAUGGGUUCGUGACGCCCACCUCAUUUGUGUUUGGAGAUGAAGACCUGACUCCAGUUGACUGCUACUCUGAAAUAUUCAACUACACAUACAAGGUGUUAAACUCCGGUCCCAGCAGGUCUCUUAAUACUGUGGUUGACAUUACUCUACCAAAGAUCCUCUCACCUUACAAACACAGACUGCUGCAGGUGGUCGACUGGCAGUCGUCUCACGGUGUGUGUUCAAUGAGUGACACAACUGUUUCAGUCAUUGAGGACUGUGAUGUGCCUGAAGCUUCCUUCAUCAAACAGCUCAUCUUCUUCUUCUCCUCCACCUCCACCCGCAGAAUGUUUUGUGGCCGAGGUGACGAGCUGUGUGAGCGGCUGGUGUGUCAUCUCGGUAACCUGGAGGUGGGGAGAGAGGCCAGUAUCCAGCUGGAGAUCAGACUGAACCCUGCUGUACUGCUGCAAGCUCCGGGUCGUCAUGGUAUCAUGAGGAUGGAGAGUACUGCGAUGCUGUCAAAUCCAAAGGAAGAUCCUCACACCAUCCUCAUCCAUGGACAACCUGUAGCACAGGUUGUGGUGGAAGCUCUUUUUACCCAGAAACCCUCAACGAUAGUGAAGGUCUUCAUCAUCGUUGUCAGUUUAGUUUUGGGUCUGCUGAUCCUGGCUGCUCUCAUCUGGUGUCUGUGGAAGGCUGGUUUCUUUAAGAGGGAGUUCCAGAAGAAGGAGGAGGAGGAGUUGAAGAGAGACAGCUGGGACUAUGUUCCUAAGCUCAACAAAAGACAGAGCACUUCCUAACCUCGCCUGUCGCCUCUGGCCGUGACCUCUGACCUCUGACCAUAGGAUUAAGUUCACUUCGUGACUGUGCAGCACUUUUUAAUGAGACACACGAGCUGCUGGGUGGAUGGGUGGGUGGAUUGCGGCGUGUGAUUUGUCAAAAUCGGUAGAAAGUCAUCAGCCAAUGAAAUCCGCCCGGACUGGUUCAGAUGGUCUGAAGCCACACCCAUAACAACUCAGCAAGACGGACCUGUCCUGAGUGUGUGAUAAAACGCCCCCGAACACACCUGAGUCUGCUUUUUACACUAUUUAGCCUGAUGUGCCUUCACAAAUACAGACCAGUUCAAAGACUUCAUAAAGACCGCAGCAACGGAUGAAUGGGACGAAGGAUUAAUCAAAAAUGAAAGUGAACCUGAAACAAUCAAAUCUGGACAAAUGAAAAGUCUUCAGGGCUGCCUGGGAUGUUGAGUCACACGUGACACUGUUACAGCUGACCUCCGUCUUGACUCUUUUUUAAAGAGGAAAUACACCAAAGGAAGUGACUUUCUGGUGACCUUUGAUCUCAGGGGAUGGAAACCUGGACUCUGAUUGGCUCAUAACUCUCUGUGUACAUUAUCUUUUUUAUAUUUCUGUUUACCUGCUGACCAAACAAUUUAUGCACUGGUGACACACGGAGCAGACUGUGAGAGUGUGGCACUGAUGCCCGUAGCACACACCAGGUGAUUAUUGGGCGGAGGAAGUCGGGUGUUGUCUGCUGGGAUGUGCUGAUACAGGGAGUCUUCUGUGGGUCGAUGCAGGGUUGCUGGCAACAGUCAGCACGGGUGUUUUAGCGACACCAUGACUGUUGUUUCCACUCUCGGACUCGUUAUUUUGAGAUUUUGUCCCUCUGAGGGCCCAGUCACACCAGCGUUUCUUGUCACAAUCAACUUUAAUGGACUUACAGAGAUUUGUUCAUCGGGGUGAAGUAAAUCUGUGCAAAUGUUUUGCGUUGGACUAAAUUUAGAAAUAUGAAUUUGGCCAACAGCAAGCUGUCUUCACACUGUCACAAAAGAAGGAAGGUUGUGAGACAGUAGUCAGUAGUACAGAUACAUCUUUUGUCUCAGUAGUGAACCAUCAGAGACGGUAUCUGACUAUGAGCUGAAAGUUGAAUUCUUUAUUGAAAUGAAGGAUGUACAAUCCUGACAAUGAAAUGCCGAGGGGCAGUUAGCUUUUAAAAUACAAAGAGGCCUGGAGAGCCGUUGUGACUGUGUUAGUAGUUUGCACACUGGUUCCCCAACCAGCCGGGUGCUUUCCACUUGGCUAAUGUGGCUCCUCACAGCCCUCAUUCACCCAGCUGGAGGCGAGUGAGGAAGGAGGAACUGUACGGCGUAUACCAAAUGGGAAAUCCUCGCUAACUCAGGUGCCAUGUUGAAGAGGCGGCAAAUCCUCCCAGCACACAGCAUCAUAUGUUAAAUGUUGGGAACAUGUUUUCAAAAACAGCAACUGUUUAAAAGAAGCACCUGGUGACUGAUGACUGCAGCUUCAGUCUGACGUCUUUUUCAGCCUCAAGGUGAAAUUAUUGGACUGAUAAUAAUAACUGGGACUGUACAGCUGUAGGACUCGAGCCAUGUUAUUCCUAAAUGAGCAAUGAUGCACUUGGAAAAUUGGAAAAGGACGAGAAGGAAAGUGUGUAAAAAAUACAGUUUUAAUGAUUCAGAUUCUCCACACAUAAUAUUUUUGAUUUUGCAAAUCAACAUGAAUAUCGGAACCGCUGUCGAUGCUAUCGUUGCUGUUUACAGUUAUACCAAAUCUAUUUUACAAAUCAUGCAAAAAACAGCACAGACCUGUGAGUAAAGUGAUUCACAUUUAAGGGCUGUUGCUGUCCUGUCCUGUGACGUUGGCAUACCAUGGAGGACACUUUUAAGGGACAGGAACUUCCUUUAUAAUGGUAGACCUUGAUCGAUGUAAAAGUGGAAAACCGGAAGAUGGGGGAGAGUACAAUUGUCAAAAUGGAGAGUACAGACUCUGUCACAAAGCCUCUGGAACUAAAUAUUAUGAAGAUGUACAGAUGGAUUUUGCUGUGCCGCUAUCUGUGACUGGGUCUGACUUCACACCUGUUCAGUUUUUCAUGUGUUGUCUGCUUGUGAAUUUUUCUGUGCUGCUGUUAAUCACUUCUGUGAGGAAAAACAGUACAUGGACAUGUUUUAAAGUGUGCAGGGAACAUUUUUAAAUAAUAUUCAGCCUGGCAUGACUGCCUGUAGGUGUCACAGAGAGAGAAACAAAAGAGAGCUUCUUGUCCACUGUCCUUGUGGGAACAAAUAUCAUGUGAUAUCAAGUAAGGCUUGAAUGUCUUUUUGUUGUUUAGACAUCAAUUCACAUUUUCAUCAACUUGGUGAGAAACAUGACCUGACCCUGUAAUAGACUCCUGUUGGAGUUCUACAGUAAUAAGACAACAUCCUGUUGAUAGAGCACCUUUCAACUCAAAGAUGCUGUACAACACAAAUAUAAAUAAUGUAGAAAAGACAGCCGACUGCAUACGAAGCAGAUUCCUUGUUGACAUCUUGGUUUGUAAAAAGCUUGAGUGUCAGAGAUUCGAGCCGAGUGAUCAGAGUGAAAGCUCAGUUAAAGAUGCAUCUCGUUGGCUGCUGAACAGAGACGAAAAGAUAAUUGAGCCACAGGAUUGAAUGAUGGAAGACUACUUGAAAAUUAGCAUUUAAAAAAGAUUACAUAAGGUAUCUUAAAUAUUCAAAAGUGUUGUUUUAACGGUCUGUACCCUAUAAGUGCCGACAUUUAAGACAGCUGCUACCCUCCCUUUUGUUUUUUUUCCCUUUUACAAAUGCACAUCACACAAAGAGAUGUUUUUUUUUUUUUUAAUGUUUUAAUAAAUGAGUUUGUUGUUUUUGUUUAUGUGAAGUUGUUCUGCACUGGAGUCUCACUGCUUUUAUCAACAAUUUUCCAUUAAAAUGAAUGAUUUUCUAUUUAAACAACAA